AUCGGGGGUUGGGGACAGAGGCCACCGCUGCAACAGUCCAGUCCCCGCUCCGCCCACCGCAUCCAACCGCCGGCCGGUCAUGGCCGCCCAGGCUCCGGCGCGCGCCUCCUCCUCCGCCGUGCGGCUCUUCGACGCGCACUGCCACCUCCAGGACCCCCGCGUCGCGGCCGUCGCGCCCGCCCUCAUACGCGCCGCCGCCGCAUCCGGCGUCGCCCGCUUCGCUGUCAACGGCACCUCCGAGGAGGACUGGCACCUGGUGAAGCGGAUGGCCGAGGAUCACCCCGCUGUCGUCCCCUGCUUCGGCCUGCACCCAUGGUGGGUCCCCGAGAGGUCGUCGGACUGGAUGAAUUCGCUCCGGAGGUUCUUCGAUGAAACCCCGGAGGCGGCUGUUGGGGAGAUUGGUCUGGACAAAGGUUCACACGGAAAAACCAUCGACUUCGGAGAACAAGUAUGUACUUAACAACAGCAUGGAUCCUGCAGUUCUUGUGUAUGCUUGUGUAUUGAGUUUUGUCAGGAGGUUCGGACGUAUGGUGAUUUUUGCCAUUACAGCUAUUAUUGCCAUGCUUUUAGUUGUUUGUACACAAAAAAAUACAUGAAAUGGCUGUACAUUACUGUUAAUGUUAGUGAAAUAAAGUGGAUGUUGAAUCAAAGCAAUGCAACUGCUAUGCUGCAAAGCAUUUUUCUCUA